UUUUAUUGAACAGAUCCUACAUGCCAGGCACUUUAUGCAACAUUUCCAUGACAGUUAUUGUUAGUCUCAUUUUGCAAAUGAGGAAAUGGGUCUCAGAAAAGAUACGUAACUUGCCAAAGUUCACAGGGCUAGUAAAUGGCAGAGCUACACUUCAUAAAUAGUUCUUUCUGACUCCAACACCCCCAGCUGCCUGAGAGUUAGAAGAAGGUAAGGUGCCCCAUCCCAUCCUCCUUAGGGCGUGGCAGGUAGCGGGGGUGGGGGCACGAUACUUCAGCCCCCCAGGGUGGCUGAUGGACCUUCGGACCCUUCCAGAUUUUCCGCAGCCACCCACAAACCUGCAGCUGUUCGAGGAGGUCCCCAACACGGUGACUCUGACCUGGAACCACAGCCCCGACGUGCAGGAGGACAGCGAGGCCCACUACGUCAUCAUGAAGCGGGACGUCAGCACCGCCAUCUGGUUCACUGUGGCCGAGCACGUCUUCAGCAACAAGUACACGGUGACCGGGCUGCUCCCCGGCAGGAAGUACUACUUCCGAGUGCUGGCCCGGAACGAAAUCGGUGACGGCGACCCGCUGGACUCCAGGGAUACCUGGCUCGUCAACAAGGACAAGAUCGAGGACCAGAGAGCCAAGCUGAAGCCGUACCAGCAGAAAGACUGGCGCCACGCGCCGCGCUUCCUGACCCCGCUCAAGCCGCACACCGUGCUGCGCGGCCAGGACUGCACCAUGACCUGCGCCUUCCUUGGGAACCCACGGCCCACCGUGACCCUCUACAAGGGCGACGUCAACAUCACGGCCAACUCCAAGUUCUGGUACAACUCCACCAGCGGUGUGUGCACCAUCGUCGUCCCCACCUGCACACUCAAGGACAGCGGAGAGUACAGCGUACUGGUGGAGAACGAGCUGGGCAAGGACCGCAGCAGCUGCACGCUCACCGUCUACGGUGAGGGUGCAGCGCCGGCCGGCCCUGGAGGGUGAGGGUGCCUGGCAGUGUCCCGCGUGGGGCGGAGGCGCAAAAUGGCGGCCUCCUGAGCCGUUGAUCGACUCUUUUCCUAUGGCUGGCGCAGGCUUUUAUUUAAUCUGACAUGGGGUGGUGUAAACAUUCUCCAACUGGCCAUAGUCCGUACCACUGUCCCAUCUUCUCGAUGUCAUUUGUUAUGUGCCUGGCCCCUGCAGACUUGGGAGUUUGCAGUCCCUCAGUAGUCUGUAGUUUGCAACCCUUGGUGGGCCUAGACUUGCAUUUGAAAAAGACGCCAGUGAUCAGGCCUAAACCAGACUUACCAAUUACAAUCUCCCUGGCAGGGCUCUGGAAGGAAUCUUUAUGUUUACAAAUUUUGCAAGUGGUUCUGAUGUGCAGCUGGUCUGGGAUGAGGAUAGGUGGGAGGCACUGAAGGGAACCCAGUGGAGGGAGGGCCUCCCUCUGCACAUACGUGUGCUAUGUUUCUGCUCAUGGGCGCACACAUAGGGGAAAUAUUCUAUUUCUUCCUACACACUCUACUGUCUUCACAGCUAAACAGCUAGUUGCAUGAACUGUCUAAAUGCAGAGAUGACCUGUUUUGCUCCUCUUUGCUUAAACUCCCUCCUAGCUUUCCCAGGAUCCUUUAGAUAAAAAUCACAAUCAACAAGGCACCACCCCCCCCACCAUCUACCUCUCCAGCCUCAUCCUCUGCCACUCUCUGAAGUCUCCAUGGCACACUAUUGGUGUCCAUGGUUUCCAUGGUUACAGAUGCCUUUUUUUUUUUUUUUUUCAUCCUGUUAUAGAUGCCUUUCUCUGGGGAAAGGACCUGGUCCUGUUGCUCUGUCUCUCAAGUACUCAGCUAAGUGUCUGGCAUUGAGAUGACGCCUCCACAGUGGCUGCUGAACUGUGUAACAGAACUAGGCCAGGGAAGGCCCUGUGGGAGACAUCCAGCUCUCAUUCCACAGCUAGAGAGAUCCCUGACAAUUUAAUUCUAGUUGUAAGCACAUGGGCACAGGGCCCUGGCUCCAACACUCACCAGCCAUGUGACCUUGGCAAGCCACCCUGAGCUUGUUUUCCCACGUACUGCUUAGGGCUGUCAUGAGGAUUAAAUGAGAUAGUGCACAGAAGUGCCUGGCACAAUGCGUGGCAAAUACGAAAUGCCGAAUAACUGGCAGCUCUUGGCCCCACACACCCAGCUGACCUUGGGAGACUGGGGCUGGCAAGGAGUGAGGAUCCCGGGCAGGGUCCAGCCCCUGGUUCCUGCAUAGCGACCGCAAGUCCAGCAAUUUGGAGUUUCCUUUACCCCAGCAUCAUUCAC